AUGAAUGAGGUGGAGGAAGUUCAUGAUAUUCACAGGCAAAUUAAAGAUUUGGGUGUAUUACUUGAGCGCUGUAAGCACUUGUUUUAUGCUGAUGAUUUGGUUGUCUACUUAAUAUGUAAACCUUGUGAUAUAGAAAGCUCUGUUAGAAUUCUGAAUGAGGAAAUUGCUAUAAUUCUGAAGUGGUGUAUUAUAAACGGUCUUAAACUAAAGCCUAACAAAACAAAGACAGUGAUUUUUGGAUCAGCACAAAAAUUGGCUGAUGUUCAAUGUGAAGUGAUUCCAAAUAUAGUUGUAAAUGAUACUAUAGUUGACUAUUGUAAAUCAGUAAAGUAUCUAGGAGUCAUACUUCAAGACACUCUAACUUGGUCCUUACAAAUUACUGAGGUUUGCAAAAGUAGCAUGAGAGUACUUGCACAGUUAAAGAUGAAUGGAGAUGUUUUUUCAUUGCCUGUUCGGAAAAGAUUGGUCACUACUCUAAUUUAUCCUAUUUUUGAUUAUUGCGCGGCUAUUUAUACUGAUAUUACAGGUCAACAACAGACUAGACUUCAGAGAAAAUUAAAUGCUUGUGUACGAUACAUUUUUAAAAUAUCAAAGUAUGAACAUGUUACCCAAUAUUAUACUGAGCUUCGUUGGCUGACACUUAGUUCUAGGCGAAAAUUUUUCUUAUCGUGUCUUAUUUAUAAAGCAUUGUAUCUUAAUCAAAAGCCUCUAAUUAGGCGAGACUUAGAAAUUCUUGAGCCUCGCCUACGUGGAGGAGAUAUUCGUCAAGACUAUCUUGAGUUACCGGUUUAUCAUUCAGCGAAGUAUGAAAAAUCAUUCUUGAUAUCUGCGGUUAAAAUCUGGAAUCAAUUACCAGCUGAUUGUACGACGUUACCAACAUUUAUGGAGUUUCGAACUGCUUGUUAUGAAUAUUUUUUACAAUCUGAUAGAUCAUAA